AGAGCCGGUAACUCCGCUGUGUGGUUUAUUCCGGCGGACGAAUUGCGAGGAGCUGGUGGUUUCCGAUGGUACAUUUUGCGCGGGUUCUGAGGAAUUUCGUCGCCCGAUGAAGCUGACUGGAGAAAUGAGGUUACUAAUUCUUUACUUUUAAGAGUUAGCCACAAUGGGAAACAAUAUUUCCAAAAGAAUGUAUCCCUCUUUUUUGAAGAACAGAAUGAAGACUAAGUGUGCUAGUCAAAACGAACACCACUUUAACCAAAACUCCACAUUAGAAAACUGUUGCCAUCCUAGCAUCCAAGACCUAAAUGGUAGCAGUGAUGAGGAGUCUGAAGAUGGGUUUUACAGAUUUGUGAUUCUUCAUGCUGAGGAAGAUAUAGAAGAAGCCAUUAGAGUCCAAGACCUCUUACAAAAUGAAUAUUUUAUCAAACCAGGAAUCAUUUUUGCGGAAAUGCCUAGUGGUAGGCACUUGCUGGAAAAUUUAACUGAUGCCAUUAACGAUUCUGCCUGGAUAAUUAUACUGCUGACAGAAAACUUCUUAAGAGACCUUUGGUGUGAAUUCCAAUCAUAUACUUCUCUUUUGGGUGCACUGACCAUCCCACACAAACAUAACAGUGUGAUACCCAUGCGGCCACGAAAUAGACCACUCCCAUGGGAAAGGACUCCUUUCAUCCUACAGUGUAUUAAUGUUCUUCAAGAAGAUAGCCCUGAAUUUUCUUUUCAAGUAAAGAAAAUUUUCCAAGAAGCUCGAUAUAAGCAGCAGGAAAAAGUGUGGCGGUAUGGAAGAAAGAAAGAAAUGGUCCCCAAAUUCCUUUAGUGAUAAAUGUAAAAAGCAGUUUUCCCAAACCAGCUGCCUUUCAGAAAGGCUAGGCUAGAACAGAGUGUUCACAACCAGCAUAAGCAGUAAUCACAGGGACUGGCAAAGAUGGGAAAUACAGUACUAGCACAUCUGAAAAACAUUAGCUUGAAAAACAUUAGUGUUACAAAUGCAUGUUUUAAAAAGUAAUUUAUUUGUUCAAAGAUCCUGUGAUACUAAUCUCCCUAUUCUUGAUUUUGU